AUAGAUCGGGCCGGACGCCGCUUCUUGUGGCCUCAGGGCGAGGAGAUGAGGCGGUUGCCCGGCCACUCCUUGACUGUGGAGGCGAUGUCGCGGCUGCCGACCACGACGGCAGGACACCGCUGCACUUGGCCUCGAGCGGAGGACACGAGAUGCUCGCCAGCCUGGUGAUCGACCGAGGAGCAGAUAUCUGGGCGGCCGAUAAUUGGGCGCGGCCACCAUUGCACCUCGCAUCGAGUGGAGGCCACCAGGCAUUGGUUCGUGUCCUGCGGGAUCACGGCGCCACAUGGUUUCCACCCUCUUUCCGAUUAAACGUUCCGAAGUGAUGGGCCCGGGUAUGUGUGCACGUACAUAAAGCCGGGCUGCGGUCGAGCGGUGGUUUCCUGCGUGGGGGUUCAUCGUAAAGUGAAUGGUGUAUAUACUCGGGGUGAAUCGCUUAUCCGGG